UUGAACAUGCCUUAUAUUUAAAAAAAAACCCGGAUAAAACAAGGCAUCUACAUUUUACAGCGCAAUGACACAGUUGUAGUCAAUACAACUUCGUCUAAUCAACAGAACACAUGUAUUCUUGAUAAAAUUCCGCGUGAAGCAAUAGUUCUAGAUAAUUACAUUGAAUUGAGGGAUACAAUGUUGUUGAGAGUAUCUGAAAUUUUCAUUUCGCUGUUGAUUAUAAACAUUAGUGAGGGAGUUCUACAAAGCAUAACUGGUAGUUCGUUCACUCAAAACAAAUCUAGUGACUCUCAUGUUAUCUUGGCCUAUAACAAUGUUGGUCCAUUGAUGUGUGUUAGUGACUGUAUGAUGUACAAGGAAUGCAACGCAGUGAAUUUUAACAGAAAUAAACUAGAAUGUGAAUUGCUUGUCGUUUCCUAUCCGGGUGACAGUAUUACUGAUAUGAACGGUUCUUAUUACACAGAGAUAGGUGGUUGGAAAAAGGAUAAAGAUGAAUGCACCCCAAACCCAUGUGAAGUUGGACAACAAUGUAUCCUGGCCAUGUUCAAUAAUCAUAUCUGCCUAGAAUUUGAUGCACCUUGCGACGUUAACCCUUGUCAAAACAAUGGUGUAUGCAGAAACAAAGUCAACGAUUACAGAUGUAUUUGCCCAGAAGGUUACUAUGGCGAUCAUUGUGAAUACACUCCAUGCACCAAUAGGAUGUGUGGCUAUCAUGGGUAUUGUGUAGUUUCUGGAUCUGGCUGGAAUUGCAAUUGCCAGGCCGGUUAUUAUGGAACUAACUGUGAAAGUUGCACCGAUGGGAACUGUAACUAUCGAGGGUCUUGUGUAGUUUAUCGAUAUGGCUGGUAUUGCAAUUGUCUGACCCGUUUUUAUGGAACUUACUGUGAAUACAUUAAUGAGUGAUAUUGACACAACACACAUUUUAGAAGAUAAAAGGAAACAAUUUGAAUUUGUUUUGGAUUAUUGAAACAUUUUCGUUUUGGACAUUUUGAUUAGUCAAGGCGUCCUUUAUGAAGCACUGAGAAUACGCAACCUGAUUUACGAUGAUGGGGCAUACACUUCUAAGUUGGUCCAUGCCAGAUAAAGCAGACAAGAAAAGAAAUUAAAACUGAUGUUGCUUUUAAACAUUAUUGUUUAUAUUCACUUUAAACACAUUGUUAUUUAAAUGCCAUACAUGUAGCUAUGUAUAUUGUAAUACUUUGUUAUAAUAACAACAUUACAUAAUCAUUCACGCGUUGUCGCUUUUCUCUAUAGGUUCAACGGAUUGUAGAAACAUCAUCAAUGUUCGCAUGUCAUGUUUUGGAAAGUUUGUCAGAUUUUUGGAUUUAAAAAAUGCCCACUAACCCAAUUUUUUCUUUUUAUAAAUCUUUUACAUGUAUGAUUAUAAGCCAUCUGUUAAAUUCUUGUAAAACCUUUGUUAUUUUUUAAUAGUUUUUGAAAACUUAAACUUGUCAAUGAUUAAGAUAUAAAAAAUCCAGAGAACAUUUUCCCGCCAAAAUUUCAAUGGCUAAUAUCUCGGAAACAAGCAAACGGACCCUAUUUUUUUUCUGCUUCUUUAGUUCCUUUAAUUAUAUACUAAGUUAUAAGUCUUUUGAAUAGCUUUUUAUUUUGAAACAGAGUAGCGAAGCUUUUUUUUUAAAACAGAGUAGCGGAGCUUUUUUUUAAAACAGAGUAGCGAAGCUUUUUAUUUUGAAAGAGAGUAGUGAACAUCCUUAAAUUCGGUGUUCGAACAGAGUGGCAAGAUAAAAACAAUGAUUUUUUUAUUGUGCUUAGGUUUUUCUACCAACCUUAUUUUAGGUCUCGAAAUUGACUAUCAAAAUUUGUUAUUUGUUUUUUUGAAGUGAAUAGUUAUAAGAUAUUAGGUCUCAUCUCCAUUCUCAAAUACUCGAAAUAAAAAGAAAUAACACAACAGAAAAUACACCUUAUCUACCAACCAGCUUAAUGUAUCGUUGGUCAAUCAGUCUAUGCAGUCAAACUGCUGUUUAACUUAUCGGUACUUGUUUAUAUCCACGGGAAGGUCCAUAUAGAUAUAAUAGUCGACCUUCCAAUGGAUAGAAACAAGUAAUGAUGGUACUACAAGCAUGUCAACACGGAGUUAAACAGUCCGAACCACCCACGUGACAGGUGUGGUUGACUCAAAUCUUAAUUAACUCGGAAUAUAAUCUCAGUUUUCCUGCCGAAAGUCGGUGAUCCACCGGUAAAUUCAACGCUUACGCUCAGUAUUCAGAUAUUGAUAAAAAUAAUGCCUACCCAUAUUAAAAUGAACACAGAGCAUGGCACGAAACAACUAUUUACUCCGAAACAGCGAGAACUUAUCAUACAUGUAGCAAGGACGACUAUACCACUGUUUCGAAGUUUUGUUAUCUAUUAUACCUAGAUUUUAAAGUUGCCACUGUUUCGGAGAUUUUUUAUCUACUAUACCGAUAUUUUAGAGUUAACACUGUUUCGGAGAUUUAUUAUACCGAUAUCUUAGAUUUCCUGUACUUGUAUGCAUUGCAUCCUUUAAAAAUACAAUUUGGUUAAUCUAAUGAUCAAAAUUUUAAAAAGAUGCAGAGGCUUGAUUUCUCCAUUAACUAAGUCAACCCCACCACCUUUACUUUCGCCUCUCUAAAGUCAUGAAAUCGAAACUUGUCAGUAGUUGUUGUAUUUCAUUUCUGCAGUUAUAUUGUUAUUGAAGAAUUGAGAGUUGAUAUUAAAGUUUUGAUUGUUUCUGUAAUAUUUACAUAACUUUUGUAUAUUGUUGAACACUAUAUGUUACCCUAUAGAAAUGACAUUGGUCUUUGUGUGCAUAGUUGUUGUUUUGUUAUCGUACAUCAUCAUGUCAUUUUUUAAGUGUGGGGGUGGAUGGGGUGGGGUGGGGUGUUUUCCUAUUUUUAAAAAUUCAUUUUAUUAUUCAAAAACUUUCCUCAAAUUUUCCCUAAAUUUUCCUCUCUAUUUUGCCUGUGAAGACCAUAAAACCUUCUUCCUAUAUUGACAGUGUACUUUGAUGUUUUUUUACCAUUUGAAAUUAUCUAAGAUAUGUAUUAAUACGGCAGACAGAUGCAGAUAUGUGCAUGAUAGUGAAAAUAUACCACCUAUGGAGGGGGCGCUCCUAUAUCUUGUUUGCAUAACUUUCCAUUAAACUCAAAUGUAUCUAUAAUACUAAAAUUACAAGGUCCAAUUUGUCAGACGUCAUCUCGCAAAAACGACGAAUCAAAGAAUACAACUUUAUAUAUAACUAAUAUAGUACAAAAGUGUAGAUUAAAAAUUACACCACUCCAGGCCCUUUUGUUUUCCACGUAAUUAAUAUUGCCAAUAAUAAAGAAGUUCCGGGUCGAGUCCGAUACCGAUACCAAUAGCAUAUUCACCUGUUACCUAUUACCUUAGGUAGCAAUACACAGUUAGGAGUUUAGUUUCGCAUUAUGGCCCCUGUGGAUUUUUCAAAUAGGAAAGUUAUUGUGAAAUAAAAUUCAU